AUGAAGCCUACCACGGCUGCAAAGAAGAAGCAAGCCAAAGCAGUCACCAUAGAGGCGACGGAGGAAGAAGAAGCGACGGAAGAGUCGGAAGCCCAGGAGGACAACGAAGAGUCAGAAGCCCAGAAUGAAGCCCAGGAGGACAACGAAGAGUCAGAAGCAGCAGAAGAGUCAGAAGCAGCAGAAGAGUCAGAAGCAGAAGCGUCGGAAGUCCAGGAGGACAACCAUGACAAUCGAGUCUUCAGUCCAGUUUUCAUGAACUGGUUUCAUGAAGCUAUGCAUCCACGUGAUGAAAUGGGAUUCUCAUUUGGCUACGUCCGGCUUGCUUCUUGGAGAGUUUCCCCCAGUGUCUUUGUUUCUAUUUGCUUCGGAACUAUCACUAGCUUCAACUCUCCCACUGGAGCUCUUGUUCUCACCACCAAGAAAAAUGGACGUGGUGGUGGCAGCAUCAAUGAUGACAUUAGUGAUGCUAGAGGACCACAGCUGCUCCAAGAUCGAAACAAUCUACCUGAGGAAAAAGGAGUUCGUUGUGGCAUGGCUGAGGCGAGGGUUCUUGGCCCUAAUGAUUAUGAUCUAUUGAUGACACCAUACGUUCUCUUGACAGUCGCUCCUUCUUUCACUCGAUGCACCGAGCCCCAUCAUAUUCGCAAAGCCAGCAAUCUACUUUACAAGACUUAUGAGAAUAUCCUCAAUGAGGCGAAGUCCCAUCCCUUCAUUAACCAAGUUGCCUUGCCCUUGCUGGCAUCUGGAUCCUCUCGUGGUGAUCUGAAACUUCACAAGAUGAUGGAAGUAGCUGUGCUUGCCGUCUAUUCCUGGGCUUUGGACAACAGUGGCUUGAAAGAUAUUGUCUUCUUUGUGGAAAGCAAGAAGAACGCUGUAAAGUUUGCGGGCUACAUGGACGAUACUAUAGAUGGCUGCAUUAAAGCCAAGCUUACGUGA